AUGAUGACAGAUGAUGAGAUCAUUAACAAUAUCGAGGACACCACCAUGGACGCCGGGCGGCACCAGCUCGAGGCCCUCCAGACCAUCCUUGAACACAACGCCGGUGUAGCUUAUCUUCGGCCCUACCUCCAGGGCUACCCUGCGCCAAUCGACGCUGCAACUUUCCGGCGCUCAGUGCCAUUGUCCAGUUACGAAGACUACGCCGAUCAUAUCCAUCAAAUGGCCGACGACGAUGAUGAUCAGCCACUCUUGUCGGUUGAUCCUCUGUUCCGGGACAAGUUCGGCGAACCCGAAAUUGAUUCCUUAUUUCGAUUCAACGCCAUCAAAAGCUGUCUCUUAUUUAGCUCACCAGGUUCCGGGACAAGUUCGGCGAACCCGAAAUUGAUUCCUUAUUUCGAUUCAACGCCAUCAAAAGCUGUCUCUUAUCUAGCUCACCAGGGUAGCGCCGCAAUGCUUCGAAGGCUCUUUCCUCCGAGACCAUCAGUGCAUAAGAAUUUAUUGUUCUUUUAUGCUGGUAAUGUUACAAAUACGAAAGGUGGGUAUCAAGCAAUGGCUGCCUCUGCGUUUUCUAUGCACAACAAAAACUCGAACCCAUUCCGAUUGCUCUCCAUAGUUGUAAGUCCUAAAGAAGUCAUUCUUGGAUCAGAUGUUCAGCAGCAAAUGUAUUGCCACCUCCUUUGUGGCCUUAGGCAUUCCAAUAUAGUGGAUGGGAUUCAAGCUCCAUAUGCUAGUGGCUUAAUUAGAGCAUUCAGCCUCCUAGAAAUUAAGUGGGAGCAGCUAUGUGAGGAUCUUGAGAAUGGGUUUCCAAGUGUAGAGAUUAUUGAUGUUGCUAUGAGAGAUUCUGUUAUUGAGGUUCUUAGCGGAUCACAACCGGAGCUGUUGAAGAGGAUUCGAUCAAUUUGUGAAAAAAGGGAUUGGGGAGGGAUUUUAGGUAAACUAUGGCCAAAUGUUCGCUAUGUUAAGUGUGUUAGUACUGGAAGCAUGGAGCAAUACUAUCCAAAACUGAAGUACUAUGCAGGAGAGAUACCACUGUUAGGUGGAGACUACUAUGCCUCAGAAUGCUGUGUGGGUAUUAACUUGGAUAUUAUGCAACCUCCAGAGCUGACCCGCUUUGUUAUGCUUCCAUCUGCGGCCUAUUUUGAGUUUCUUCCAUAUGAUUUGACCAACAACUGUCUCAUUGAUGAAGAAACAGUGGAUCUUUCUGGUGUUGCGGUGGGGAAGAUGUACGAAAUGGUUGUGACUACUUAUAGAGGAUUGUACCGAUACCGUUUGGGUGAUAUUGUUAAAGUGACUGGCUUUUAUAAUUCAUCCCCACAGCUUGAGUUUGUGAUGAGAGCCCCCAAAACAUCUAGAGAGAUAUUAACUGAAAGAGACCUGGUGUCUGCUAUGGCCAGUUUUCAGCUUGUGCUAAAAGAUGUGAUCGCUGCAGAGAUUACUGAGUUUGCAAGUUUCUUGGACUUGGAGUUGGACCCAAAGCAAUUGAUGAUUUUUAUAGAAGUUAAAGAAGGAUGUAUGCUACUGCAGAAAGACAACUUGCAGGAGUCACUUAUAAUUCUUAAAAGGUGUUGCUCCUCCCUUGAGGACAGGUUAGGAGGUAUAUAUAAGGUGAUGAAGGCAGGAGGAGAAAUUGGCCCUUUGUUAGUAUCUAUUGUGAAACCUGGUAGCUUUGAUAGGUUAUUACAAGAAGCCAUAAAAAAUGGGGCACCAGCAAGUCAAUACAAACCUCCCAAAAUCAUAAGAAAUCACAAAAUUGCUGAUUUCAUGGAAGCAUUUGCUGUUGUGACUGUAUGCUUAAAUUCUUUGGAUGGCUAAGAAUAGAAGCCACCAAAAUUGGAUUAGAC